CAACAUAUCUUUUUCUUACAUAUCUCUCUCUCCUAACACUGUGUCUAUGUCCGUGCCCUUCAAGAGCAGCCACAAGUGAAGCUGAUGAAAUGGAAAUUCAGCCUAUCAUCUUCUGCUUCUCUCGAGUCUUGGUCCGUCAACAACAUCAGCAACCACUGCAGAUGGAUUGGCAUUCGCUGCAACGCCGAGGGAUCUGUUUGUGGGAUUAGUCUCCCCAGUGCAGGCCUUGCAGGGACAUUGGAUCUGUUCCAUUUCACUGCAUUGCUGAACCUCACCACUUUCAACCUCAGCGGAAAUUAUCUCGACGGCUCCGUACCAGCUGCUCUUGGCAACCUCACAAGCCUCAAUCUCUUGGACCUCUCCGACAAUUUGUUUUCCGACGCCAUUCCACCAGAGAUCGGCCGCUUGACAGAGCUUCGGUACCUGAGCUUCUCCAACAACUAUAUGGUUGGAGAAAUCCCAUAUCAGAUUGGCAAUCUGAGGAAGGUGCGCUUCUUGCAUUUGGGCUCCAAUUACUUUAAAUCUCCUGACUGGUCUAGAUUUCCCAAUUUCCCUUUCCUAAUUCACCUUAAUCUUCGUGUGAAUGAACUCAACUUGGAAUUCCCACACUUCAUAACCACAUGUCUCAACCUUACAUUCCUUGAUUUGUCUCAAAACAACUUCACGUGCCAAAUUCCUGAAACUUUGUUCAGCAAUUUGGUCAAACUCGAAUAUCUUAACCUCACCAGCAACAGUUUUCAAGGCCCCCUGUCACCAAAUAUCACUAACCUCUCCAAGUUGAAGGAUCUUCGCCUAACCGAAAACCUCUUCUCUGGCAAGAUUCUUGAUUCAGUAAGCCUUAUUCCAAGCCUGCAAAAUCUAGAGCUGUACAAUAAUUCAUUUAUAGGAGAAAUCCCUCCUUCUAUAGGCCUACUCACGAAUCUCCAAAGUCUAGAUCUUCGAAUGAACAGAUUCAAUUCCUCCAUUCCCCGAGAGCUCGGCCUGUGUAACAAGCUGACCUACAUAGAUUUAUCCCAGAAUUCACUCUCGGGGCCAUUGCCGCCAUCCUUAUCAAAUCUGGGCAAUUUAUCUGAGUUGUACCUAUCUCACAAUAGCCUGAUUGGUGAAAUAUUGACCUCUUUCAUCACGAGUUGGAGAAAACUAAUCUCACUACUAAUUGAAGACAAUGAAUUCAGCGGGGAACUUCCAUCAGAAAUAGGAUUGCUCACAAACCUCGAGUAUCUGUGAUACGAUUACUAUUAUUAUUAUUAUUAUUAGUUAGUUAGUUAGUUAGUUAAUUAUGGAUUUGCAUAUCUUUUUCAUAUCUUUUGUCUUACUCAUUAAAUUAGUAUCCACUAUUAUAAAUAGUGGACAUUGUUCUUCAGUUCAUUCAUUCAAGAAAUAAAAUACUUCUUUUACGCAAUUUAACGUUUUUUUCUCUCGUGCACAAAGCACGAACCCUAGAAUUCGACGCCGGAUUGAUCGACGGGCAAAGCUCCCGCGACGUUCGACUCGAUUUCCUAUCGUUGAGGAACUUUAUCCUUAACAAGUGGUGCUUUCAUUCUCGAACUCAUGGCCGAAGUCAAUUUUCGUUCAUGGUGGGAGAUAUCGCAAGCAUCUGAAGGCUUGCAAUUGAAUUCAACAGUAGCAACAUGGGAGAAUAUUCUCGCUAGGCUCGCCCGGCUCGAAACCCAAUUGGUUGAGCAUAAGCGCAGGGUAGCAGCAACGCACUCUCCGCUCCAGCCUGAACCUGAUCCACCCGACCAACCCUGGCUGUACACCGUCGCACAACCACCUCACGCGCCCUACACCUACACGAAUUCGUACCCGCUGCUGCGAAGUCCUUAUGCCGGACCCCAGAAUCUACCGCUGCCUCCAUACAAGCUGGAUAGACACCAAUUGCACCACGGCCACCAGCCCAUCGCCUAUCAACAGCCACCGCUGACAGCAGCCGCUGCCGCAAACCUACCCCACCAAAACUACCAGCCCGCUAUCAGCUGGUGUCCACUGACGAGUCACCACCACUCAGCAGCGCAACUGCCGGCUGCUGUUGUACCGCUGUACAGAGGAGGCCCAUUGGAGGCCGUCGCCGUACCUGAUGAGGCCGUUGUAGUAGAGGAAGUCCAAGAUAAGAGCUGCAGCGAAGUCAUGCUCUUCAGCCGCAAGCCCUAUGACGGAGCUGAGAUGCUAAUGGUUGUCCCGCCCUCUCCACCCGCGAUCUCUAUGCCGUGCAGCCCCAAUGUCAAUGGACAGGAGGGGGAAUUGUUUGAAGAUGAACCGCCCCUACUAGCCGGGAUCCCACCGCCGUGCAGCCCAAGUCAGGAUUACAGUAAUCACACUUCGGUUCCAAUUGAAUUGGUCAAUUCAAUGGAGUUUGAGCAUCUUGGCGAGGGGAAUGAUAGGAUUGAAGUUAAUGGUGAAAACAAGGAUCUAGACCGAGUUGAUGAGAAAGAGUCAUUGAUUUUGGCAGAAGAAAAGCGUCGUGAUGAACGGGAAAGAGUACGUUCCACGGACUCUAUAUUUGAGAUAGAAGCAAAGGAUGCCUUAGUUCAUGUUGUGGCUACUUGUUUAGUUGCACAUAUGGAGCAACUGUCGAAUGAUGCUGAAAUUGCUCCAACGCAGCGACCGGGAACGUUUGAUCCAGGAGGGGAUACAUCAAAGCUUUUGUUGUCUUCGACUCUCUUCGUUGCUUCGUGGUUCCCACCUUGAGGACAAGGUGGAUUUCAACCGUGGGGAAGUUGAUACGAUUACUAUUAUUAUUAUUAUUAUUAGUUAGUUAGUUAGUUAGUUAGUUAAUUAUGGAUUUGCAUAUCUUUUUCAUAUCUUUUGUCUUACUCAUUAAAUUAGUAUCCACUAUUAUAAAUAGUGGACAUUGUUCUUCAGUUCAUUCAUUCAAGAAAUAAAAUACUUCUUUUACGCAAUUUAACGUUUUUUUCUCUCGUGCACAAAGCACGAACCCUAGAAUUCGACGCCGGAUUGAUCGACGGGCAAAGCUCCCGCGACGUUCGACUCGAUUUCCUAUCGUUGAGGAACUUUAUCCUUAACAAUCUGUUUCUCUCUAAUAACUCGUUUUAUGGCACCAUCCCACCAGAGAUAGGAAACCUACAAAAUUUAUGGAGGCUGGACCUUUCAACCAAUAACUUUUCAGGUGUAAUAGCUCGAGUCAUAAACCAAUGGGAGUUGGAAAACAAUGAAUUAUAUUCCAUAGUGAAUUUCUUUUUCUUUUUAAUGACGGUUUGAAACGAUCAUCAGUUUGAAUUAAAUACUUUUUAUAAAGAAUGCAAUGCAUUACUCAUAAAUGUGCUAUUAAAAUGCUAUUCAUACAUUUACAUUUUAAAAGUAAAGAAUUUUUAUUUAUAUCCUUAUUUAAUUUUAAAAUAUAUUGUUUGAAGGUCCAUUACCAUCCACCAUUGGGAGUCUUACAAAUCUGGAGAUCUUAGUUCUCUCUUUCAACAAAUUAAAUGGUACAAUUCCAUCCACUAUCGGAAAUCUUUCAAAUCUGCAUUCCUUAUUUCUCUCUUCCAACAAAUUAAAUGGUGAGUUCCCAUUCUCCUCUGCAACUUGACAUUCAUUAAAUAAUCUUGUUGGGCAUUUUUAUAACUGAUAAACUCGUGGUUUAGCAAGUAUUUUGGAUGAUUAACGUGAAUACUUCAAUGUUUUGUAGCAUAUUACUUGAGUUUGCAUCCAUUAUCCACUACUUAAGUGUUUUGAUGAGUUUGUCUAGUGUUUGGGGACAAAACAGGUGAAAAUUACUUGAAAACGAGCUUGAAGAUGGAAUACAGAAGAAACGCCCGGCUCGGGCGUUCAUGUACAAGAGAAACGCCCGGCUCGGGCGUUUGUACAAAGAAGGAACGAAUCCAGAGAGUUUGCCCGACCGGGCGUUCCCCCUCGGAAGAAUCGCCCGACCGGGCGAUGUGAAGAAUUGGGUCCAUCGAGAGAUCGCCCGACCGGGCGUUUAGGCGACUUAAAAUCGCCCGGCCGGGCGAUGUGUUCUGCGAGAGUUAAUUGCUAUUAUUUCCGUCCCGGGUAUAAAAGGAGAGCUAGGUUUUCGUGCCCAAGGAGACCAGACACGCCCCAAGAAGGAGUUUUUCAGAUUGGAGAGUAGGUUGAAGCGACAAAGAGUCCGAUUCAUCGACAAGGUUGAAGACGAAGACAAUUUGCCCAUUCAAUCCACCUUUGGGAGUAUCUCUAUUAGUUUCUUAUGUUUAGUUCGAUUUCUUUGGAUUUAUCUUGUGAAUUUGCAUUGAAUAUGAGUAGCUAAUUCCCUUGUAGAGUUUUGGUGAAGACUACAAUGAAUGCUUUUGAUUAAUUCAAGGACUUUUGAUUA